AUGGCGGAGCAGCCACCUCGCGCGGGGCAACAGCAGCAGCAGGACACCCCAGCCGAAUCCGCGGUUUCAUCGCCACGAACCAGCACGGAUUCACGAUCGCCUCACUCCAGACAGCCCUCGAUUCGCCUUGCCCAUGUCCCUUCUCACAAUUCGUCGCAUCGCCAGAGCUUCAGCGAAAGUCUACGGAGCAUGCCACAGUCCCCCCGCGCCCGACGCCAGCCCUCGUUGACCCAGGCUGCCAUACAGGGGUUGAUUGAUAACCCUCCUGUUCGCCAUCCUGCAAAUCCGGCUUUUAAUGGGCGCGAUUGGCGUCAUAUAUCUAUCGGGGAGCUGGUGAAGCCAAAGGAUCUCCAGUUUGUCGAGGUGGAUACUGGAAUUGAGGAUGCUACACAUACUUUGAUUGAAACCGAGGCACCCGUUCUUCUCGUCCGUGAGUCUGUCGACGAUAAAUCUGUGGUGGGCACUUUUGGGUACAAUGACUUGAAUUCAUAUCUGCUCCUGGUGGUUGGGCUGGCAAAGCCCACAGAAUCACAGCUCACUUCAUUUCAAGAAGUGUCUCAAAAGGCGCAGGAGGGGAGCAAGAUUCCAUUGAAGGAUAUCAGAGAUCUUGUGCCCAAGGAGCCUCUGACAACGCUACCGGAGACUGCCAAUUUGAUGGCCGCGGUGGAAACCUUUGGUGGCGGGGUGCAUCGGAUUGUUGUGUUAAAAGAAGGCAGCAAUGAAGCGGUUGGCAUUGUGAGCCAGUCUCGCCUCGUCAAGUUUCUGUGGGAGAAUGGCCGCAGCUUUCCGAUUAUUGAUCAGCUGUAUCCGCAAUAUUUGAGAGACCUCCGUUUAGGAUCUCAACAGGUCAUUCACAUUAAUGGCGAUAAGCCUUUAUACCACGCUCUACAACUCAUGAAUGACGAGGGGAUUUCUUCUUUGGCUGUAGUUGAUAACAAUACUAAUGUUAUCGGCAAUAUAUCUACGGUUGACGUCAAGCUGUUGACAACGUCAACUUCCCUACCGCUUCUUCAAAACACGUGUAUCCACUUCAUUACCAUCAUUCUGUCUACUCGGGGCCUGGUAGAGGGCAAAGACUCGUUCCCUGUUUUCUACGUGACACCAACGUCAACUUUGGCCCACACGGUAGCUAAAAUGGUUGCCACCACAUCUCAUCGUUUGUGGAUUACUGAUCCUCAAUCGCCGUCGUCAUCUGGGCCUUCGACGCCAGCAAUUCCUACACCUCGGCCCGCAAGUCCUGGGUUCCAGAACCAGGUGGCCAUGAAUGCCGCGGGCAACCAUGCGCCUCCAGCACACACACAACCACACCAUCCCACUCCUCCGCAAGGAUAUCAGGGCUCACCAGCGACCUUGCCAUCAGCGAUUGCGCCAUCUGUACCGGCGUCUGCACUUCCCGGUGCCCGGCUAUCUGGUCGGCUGGUGGGCGUAGUCAGCCUGACUGAUGUGCUUUUCUUGUAUGCUAGGGCCAGUGGCUUGAGCCCGACCGAUCCAGCCGAGACGCGGAAUCGCCGGCGACGAAGCAGCAGUUCUAGCCUGAGCAUUCAGAGGAGUGGAGAUAUUGGGCGCGAAUUAUUCCGUGGCGGGCGGCCAGCCGACUGA